UGCGGUUUUAUUUCACUUUAUUAAUGCACUUUUUUGUCGAUGAAUUCAUUUGGCGAACUGAACGCGACGAUUCAAAUCAGCUCGACGGCCCGAAUAUCCACCCACAGUUCGGCGCGCCCUCCCUUCGCGUUAUUUGCAUUGCGCCGUCGCCCAAUGCCAGGUCGCACUCUCGGAGACCAUCCCCGAAAGGGACUGGCGGCUGAAGUUCUUUGAAUCUUGGCACCCGUCUGUGAGCACCAAACCGUAAAAGCUGUCAUACCCUCCUCUCGUGAAGGCGGAGAUAUCGGCCAGAGUCUAGGUUGUUAGCCCCGAGUUUGAGUUCAGUCUCGUCCAGCGCUCACCUCCGAGAACUUGUCGCUCCUCCGCUAACAUGAGUGGUCUUCACAAGUGCGGCAGCAUGAUGAUCACCGGCGGCAGUCGGGGCAUCGGCUUGCACUUGGUGGAGACGCUGAUGAAGAGCAGCUCGAGGCCGCGGAUGGUGAUCGCCACCGCCCGGGACCGCAGCCGAGCCAAGGAACUAAACAGAUUGGCAGAGAGCCACCCUGAUCUCCACAUUGUGACCCUUGAUGUCACAAACAAGGACGACAUUGAAGCAGCUUUCAAGGAAGUGGAGUCCCUCGUUGGAGACAAAGGCCUCAACUGCCUGGUGAACAAUGCCGGGAUAUUACUUAGAUCAACUCUGAAUGAGGUCACAGCUGAAGAAAUGAUGAAGAAUUUCGAGGUGAACGCAGUGUCUCCCUUAAUGGUCACCAAGGCUUUCUUGCCAUUAUUGAGGAAAGCUGCAAAGCAGGGAACAGGAAUGGGGAUUCACAGGGCAGCCAUAGUCAACGUGUCUUCUGUCUUGGGAUCAAUCCAACUAAGCUGGGGAGAAAACACACAAGUGAAAUGGUACCCAUACCACGUUUCAAAGACGGCUUUGAAUAUGGUGACCAGAUGUCUGUCCUCUGAUCUCUUGGAUGAUGGCAUUCUGUGUAUGUCCCUGAGUCCAGGAUGGGUAAAGACCGACAUGGGUGGACCUCAAGCCGUCCUAACCAAAGAAGAGAGCAUCAAUGGCAUCCUUAAAGUGAUCUCCAACUUGUCAGAAAAGGACAACGGUGGAUUCCUGAGUCACACUGGAGAAACUCUGCCCUGGUGAAGAGACGUAAUGAGAGCUCAUAAUAAAAAGGACACUGUGCUUUGUCACCUGUCA